CCAACCGCCUUUUGUCUUUGUGCUUUGCUGCCUUUUCUUUUCCUUCCUAGUACUUUUCCUCAGCUCUUUCUGCGAAAACUGGCAGGACACAGUGCUGUGGUAGCUCUAUGGUAGAAAAGAUUUGAUUUUGAAGACGGGUUCCUGCGUUUCGGUUGCAUACAGAGCAGAUUCCACCAUGAGACGAUGUCUAGGCAUCGGUUCCAAGGCCAAGAGGUUCUUCUUCUUCCCGUCGCCCGCCAAGGAGAAGCCCUUGUGUUGGGAUAACCCUUUGGGUCGAUUUGGCCCUGAGAACCCAGACUUUGGCAGUUGACAAGUUACAGGACAAAAGUUAGUCAUCCUCUUGAAAAUAUGAAAAUGUGAGGCAACUUAAUCUUCCUGCAGUUGAACUGUAAUUGAUUCCAUAUCAUCCUUCUGUGUGGAGAAAACCCAUUUGGUCGACAUAUUCUUUCUGUUUUUAAUCCAAAAAAAGGGAUACUGCCACUUCUCAGAAAGCUCGAAUGACGUUGGAGAUUAUGAUCAAGGAAAAGGAAGACUCUAGCACCUCUAAACAGUGACAACUAUCAAGUUGGAGAAUAUACAUGUCAUGAUAGAAAGCUUUUGGAAUUUGUUGGAAAAAAGGAUCUGUUGGAACAAAUUGCAAGCAUAUCACUCAAUUUAUCAUCUUAAAACAUACGAAGAACUAGUACUCCUAUUUGUACUUGACAAAAUAUUGAACAUUUCAUUGGAGUUUGGGCAUGCUUCAUUGCAAGUUUAGGGGCUUCAAGAGGUAAUCAUUUAUAAAUUGGGAAAGUAUCAACAACCCCAAAAGCUUUAUAGUAAUAAUGGAUCCAAUCAAAAGAAGCACAUGGGAAGGAACCUAUGCAAAAGCACAGUAACUGCAGGAGCUUAGCUUAUGGAAACCCAUUCAGGCUGAUCACAUGGUGCUGGUUUGUAUUGCCUGAGCUGCUGAACUAUUGUGUGGUUUAGGAUGAUUUUUGGUGGAACUAGUCAACAUUCCAAUUUUUGUAUAUGAUUAAGCCUGUCAACAACUGAUUCUGAACAAAUCCAAUGGACAUUGGAAUUCAGAUGUGAAACAAUAAAGUGUCUGCAAAAUGGAAGCUCAGACCACAUUGUAUCAAUGGGAAGAACUUUUAGAUCAUUGUUGAUAAUAUGCACUUGUUGAAGAAUAGUUCAGUGAUUUUGUUGAGAUCAAAUUUUCAUUUCAGCAAAUAUUUGAAGCGGUACUUCCAAAGGACCACAAUCUUUUGGUGAAAGAAUUGUAGGGAAUUUUACAAAGAGUUAGACCAAACCUUGGUGGAGACAGACAAAAAAUGGUUAAGAGCUUCGUUCUGCAAUUUAAAAAAAAAAAGCUAUGUUCUUUGGAUAUAUCAUCCAGAGAUUCCAGACUAUAGUUACCUUUUUAUUUUGGCCUCUGUGUUGUUGCUUUUGGAGAGUGAUAUCUUAUAUCUCCAAUACCAUGGAUAAUCUUUUGACUUCACAGUGAUUUAACGCAAUGUGCCAAAGCGAAUAUCUUAAAUUUCUCAUCUUGUAGAUUACUGGUAGACAAGGUGUUAUUUAGUUGUUUUGCACUGCAUUAUGUCAUUGGGAUAUGUGAAACAGAAGGCAUCAACCAAAUAAGCAUGCUGUUGAAAUUUUCCAAAGAUUAUUCUGAAAUAGGAGGCUGCGAGGAGGAAAUAUUUUUUGACUCAAAAGAAAGUUUGGAUUCUGAAUGUGAGGAUGAUUUCUUUAGUGUCAUUGGAGACUUGACACCAUCACGAGUAAGUACCCCUGACCAUCAAACAAAUGUAAGGUUGAUCUCUGGAUUGGAUAAUUCCAUCUUUGUGGACAAGUAUCCAGACUCUAAAUCCGAACCCUCUCCUGCUGGUAGAAAGAAAUUAGGUGACAUUCUACAUGAAACAAUUCAAGGUGAACGGGCAGUUGUUGCAACAAAUGCUGCCGAAGAGGAAGUGGGAAUCAAUGGAAAACCCGAUGUACUCAAAACCGACGCAGACCAAGCUCCAGGAUCAUUAAAUGGCACUCCAUACUGCUCUGGAGCCACUUCUGUCUGUGCAAGUGAAAUGACACCAAGUCAGGAUCGCAAGAACAGGAAAGGCAAAAUAUGGAAGGCUGGUCAUUGUUGCUUGCCAAGCUUGCAGAGUUUUGGCUUUGAUGAGAAAAGGCAGAAGCUGAAUCCUGGAGCCUACAAUUCCUGAUACUGCUGUUGCUUUUAGUAAAUUGUCUUCUGAAUGGGUUAUCUAGGCUCCUACUAGUACUUCCAUUGUAUGCUCAUAUGUAUGAGUGUCAUGAUCUUAGCCUCGACAUAGACCUUUAAGAGUUAGUUAAAGAGACAAUUUUUGGCAGAUAACUGCGAGUUGGGUCGUCGUCAAAUAUCUGUAAACAAAAGCUUGUUCCAUUUUCUACUGCCAUGUAAAAUUUCCAUGCACUCAUAGAACAUGGAAAAGAAGAAACAAGCGGUUAACUCUUCUUUGGAAAUCUGUACAUCUGUUGCCUUCCUAAAUAUCUGUCUUGAAAGCAACUUGUCCACUAUACAUUCAAGAAAUAUAGCUCUUGCUCUGUGUUGUGUUUUA